AUGUUGUUGAAAGUGGAUUCCUACCACGACCAAACGGCGAGUCUUGUUACUACACUUUAUCCUUGUCUAGCCACUAGCAAGAAAGAUGGGAUUUUAGUCAGUGCUGGACGCAAAGAGGGCGAUCUAACCUUUCUCCAAGACAAGACAGUGAGUAGGCAGCAUUUUGUAUUGCGGUGCCUCGGGACAGCCAAGGGAAUGACCAAGCCAAGGACCAAAGAAGAAAAGGAUGCUUGCAAAGAAAGCGAGCUCGAUAUGUGUAUCGUGUAUGAAAACAAUGGCAAGGCAGGAUCCUUUGUCUGCUCGGCAAGUCCGGAAGCGAUUGCCGACAAAAAGGAAGACUACGACGAUGACAGCGAGACAGACGACGAAGGAGUGUCCCAACAACCUUCUGCGGAUACCAAACCUAAUACUAUGGCAACUUCCAACACUGGAGGUGGGGAUCUUCCGGCCAUCUCGGCCACGGCGCGCAAUCAUUUUGGCAACAUUCCCGUGACAUUGAAACGGCUCGAUGUGGGAGACAAGGUGGUCUUGCCCUUGGAGGCCUCCACUGACCCAAUUCUCAUUCAAUUGGGUCGUUUUGAGUCCACCGUCAAGGUUUCUUGGAUUCCUCUGCGGGUCAUGUUUAGCAACAUGAAGCAAAACAAGUUUGAAAGGACCAUUCUGCCCAAACUUGCUACUAUUGGAGGGAUGCGGGUUGAGGAUACUGCCAACCCCACACAUCUCGUGACAGAAGAACUCAAUGCGGGAGGUAAACAAAUCAUCGCCUGGGCACAAGAAUUGCCCAUGGUCCGGUCCACGUGGCUGGACAAAAUGUUGGAACGAAAGUCGCCGCUGGAUACACUUCCGGAUCCCAAAGACUAUCCGAUCCAAGACAAUUCGGACAAUUCCAUCACGUUCUGGAAAAGAAAGCCCAAUCGUGAGCUAUUAAAAGAUUGUACUCUUUUGAGUGUGGAGCCCGGAUCCUUUGAAACAAUGGCCGUGGCAGCCGGAGCAAACUUGGUGGCAUUGCACGAACUGGCUGCAGAGGAAAAGCAAUUGGAGCUUGCCAAGGAGACACAAGAAAAGGACACGAUAGUCUUUAUUGCCAAGACGCGCAAAAGAGUUACCAAAAAGUUGGCAGCUCUUGGGAUUCCUCAAGUCGACUUGAAGCGUUUGGCCAAGAGUGUUACCAGCCGUACGGAUCUACCGCAAGAUAUAAAUGGCAAGGCAUUGAGCCGUCUAACAGCCAAGGACGGCGAGCCGAAAGGAAGUGGCUCUACCUCGACGGCAACAACUUCCGGGCGAUCCACUCGACGCACCCGACGAACAGCGACCCAAGAAACGCCCAAACCGGUGGGAGAGGAAGAUGACGAUAAUGAUAAUGAUGAGGAAGAAACGCCACCUUCCACCACACCAUACGAAACACAAUGUUUAUUGGAGCCACAAUUGAUGGAGGUGGAGGAAAAAAACAUCAAUGAAAAGAAUACGGAAUCCGAAGGGGACAAGCUGGAACGUAUUCCCGAGCAAGAGACGGAACCCUCCACACUCACCGAGCCAUCGGGGUCGAUGCAGGAAGAAGUGGAUUCGCCACCGAAGCCAGCAAAGGCAAAGAAAACGAAGACUUUAAAUGCUACGGACGAUAAGUGUAGACUGGAAAAGGCAGACUCCAGAGGAUGGUUCAGCGCAGCUCCUCAAGAUGACAAGCUGCGAGAAGAAUGGCGCAAGACCUAUGAAAAACGUCACUGGGACAACGAUAAUUUGGAUUUUGAUAUUAGGGUAGAAACCGAAUCAAUGCAAGUAGUUAUUCCCGAGAAAACCAACGAUAGCAAUUGGAGAAUUCCUCCUGGUCGCAAACGCAAGGGUGUCAAGGACUUUCGCAAGUUUCGCAAGAAUCGCAUCAUCAAAAGUGAUCCGCGGAUCACCAUUCGUUUCAAGACUGUGGGAACCCAACGAAACGACGACCAAUCCAAGACCUUUGACGAGCAAGAACAGGGAUUGGCUGAAGAACAGCGAAUUGCGGAUGCAUUGUUCGGGAAUGAUGGUCCAGGGGGUGGUCGUAAGCGGCGCCGUCGGGUUGUGUAA